AUGGCGCCUGCGCUCACCGUCGACACGCCCUCGUCUGCUCCUCUGGCAGAGUUCUUCUGGAUAGCCGGUGUCGAUGGCUCUGAGAUCCUGGACAUAUACUCAAAGCUCGGGGAGGAGUACAACAAAGCUUCAAGGUCGCCUGCGCUGCCAGUGACAGAUACAAUCGAGGAGGAUACGGCUGCAGAGGUCGAGGAAGAGGGCAAUGCCAUUUCACCAGCCCUCUCCAACAGGGACUCUUUUCAGUUCCCUAAGAUGGGGGAGGAGGCGCGCCUCUCCUUUCGAUCUUCGACUUUUGAACCGGCCAACACUUCAGAGCCCCGAAGCAACAGGAGCAGCUUGACCAUAAAAGCUAGCCCCAGUUCAAACGGUACCAGCACCGGUACUGGCUCCUCGUUCCUCAGUGAUGCCGAUUUCGACGAUGCCCUUCGCAAGUUCGCCUCGGAGAGAGACUCGUUUCUAACGGACCUUACACUCAGUGCAGGAGCUGUGGUGCCAAACAGACCCAAACCUCGACCUAGGACGCAAAAGAUUGUCGCCGAAGAUGUCAAUUCGUUGAAAUCUAGCAUUGGUACUGUUCGCAGGCACAUGUCUUUUAGAGAUAUGAGCAGCAUGAAGAGACAGCCAUCCCUGGCAAGGCAAUCCUCCGUUCGAACCUCCAGACGCCUGAGCAACUAUAACUCGGUUAUCCCAGUGCCCCAGCCGCUCGAGAUGCCCACAAACAUGCACCCCCUCAAGCGGAAGUUCGAACCUGUCUUGCUCGACAGAUACCCGUCGAAGGGCUCUCCGGAUGAAACCCAGCGGAGAGGAAAAUUCCCCGACUACAUCCCCAUGUUCGCCUUCCCCAACGAUAUAAACAUCGUGUCCUCGGACCAACGGCCACGGUCAACGUGGCAUGGUUUCGCAAUGACUGGUGGCGAUGGAUCUAAGCUCCACGGAGUCUGCGUGACCGUAUGGAUUCCCUUGAGCCACAGUGCCGCAGACGAACUAGAGAAGAGAUGUGAGGAAUGGAGACGAGAUAAUAUGACCAACGAAGAGAGAGAGCUAGCUUCUAGUCUUGGCGAACGACUCGGCCUUGAACGAGCCAAAUUGUCCAGACUGCUCGCCCAGCUUCCCACCGUUCCAUCUGGAUCCACUUCCCGAGAGAACCUUGAAGAUGAAAUAAGCGCUGUCGAAGAAAAGAUUGGCUUGAUGGCCGACCUUCUGCGCCCCGUUCGCCAUGGUGCUGCCUCUAAGAUUGAUGGUUUGACUGACGGAGACACCGGAUUUUGGAUUCCUCGGGCUUAUGGCAUUCUUGGAAAAGACGCAUCUAUGGUGUCAUUUUGGAAAGAGUGGCUCAAAGCUGUCACAGUCCCCAUGAUGGACGGUGCCAUCCUGAGAGUUCCCCCGACCUCUCCAAGAGUAGGUAGAUGGCAGCCACUCGAGAGAUACGUGGUAAACCUGUGCAUGGAAGCCUUUAGCCCUGUAUCUUCAAAAACCCAGGUCGAAAUCUCAAUUCGUGAAUUACGGCUUUUUGCCAGAAAAGAAGCACCCAAUGAGCUUCCGGGAUCUCGAAAUACCGAUUUGUAUCCUCUAUUCCGCGCCCUCUCAGUCUCAAAUAUUAUAAUUUUGUUCGAGUACGCGCUCGCCGAAUCGAGGAUAAUAUUCUUGUCAUCACACAUUUCCAUGUUGAACCUUGCAAGUAAAGCAUUGGUAGAACUCCUGUUCCCUUUCCAGUGGACUGGUGUUUUUAUACCCAUACUUCCCGCUCGACUCAUUCAAGCUAUUGAAGCUCCGUGUCCAUAUAUUGUCGGUAUUGAACGACGAUAUGAGAACAUUGAACUCCCGUCAGACGACUUUGUCCUCGUUGACCUUGAUCAAGAUCUCAUCGAAAGCACAUCUCGUCCCACUCCUCUACCCCGUCAUCAACGGCGAAAACUCCAAUCAUUAUUGCAGGCUGCUGCUCCUCUUCACCAUCGGUACGGUGUUAGUGCUGGACCACCCGCGUAUGCAAUGGAGACCUUCCCAUACGACUGUAUUCCGGCCGAGAUUCCCUCGAUAUAUUCACCAAAAGCGCCAUCUACAAACUUGCCCAAAUAUGUUUCUCUAAAUUCAGCUUCAUUCGGCCCACAAUCCUCUGUCAACCCUGCUCCAAUAUACAAUACCUUCUUAUGUUCUAAAAACGAUGUCUCUCUCUCAAGAGGCAACGAUCGCCCCUCCACCAGCUCUACAUCAAGAAAUAGUAACCCGUCAUCCCCGAGAACCGCUUCGCCAACCUCGAUUAAAUUCCCUCACCCAUCUACCCCAAUAUCUCGGAAUGAUUCUGGAUUCGCGCUGCAGGCUUCUCUUCGCGAGAAGCGGUCAGGCCACUUUGACCAAGCGUCCCGCAGGAGUUCAUCAUUAGCUAUCGAUAGACGACAAAUACCCAGGAGGCCCAGUGUUCCGUUCCUCGGUCACUCCUCUAACCUUUCAGUAACUACGUUGAAUACCGAUGCUGGAACCUCUGUAUAUGCACCGUCAAUAUAUGCGCAGUCUACAAUUGCUGCUUCGACAAUAAUGCCUCAAUACUUCCAACCUUUGCGAAGCCCAGCUGGAUCCACUAUGAUAGAAGGCCAUUGCUUGCAGCUUCUGCGUCCUGUAGAUGACAAAUCGACAUGUGACAUUUGUGAUGAAAGAGCAGAUGAGGCAACAUAUAGGUGCACUGGCUGCUCAACCAUCGUGCAUCACCGUUGUGCUGGGCAGGUUUGCCUGGUAUGCCCUAUUGCGUUCCACCCAGAUCAAAUCCGCGCAGCAUUUGUGCGGUGUUUUGCAAGCUUGUUGUAUACCUACAAGAAGUUCCUUCGACCAGCCAGUGGGGAUAAGAAAAAGAACGGAUUGACUUAUGAUUUCCAGAUGGAAGCUUUCCUCAAGAGUUUACCGCACGAGCAUGCAGCAUACAUGUCCGUCCUGCAGCAAACUCAGGGGUUUAAUGAAUUCAUUGGUGAACGAGAGCGUGCGAAACAAAAAUCAAAGGACCCACGAAUUAUCCUAUUCGAUGAAAUUGUGUUAUCUAAGCGCAACCGCGGACGUUCAACUUUUUUCUCUGGACGGAUGACAACUGAUUUCUUGAGUGAUACCUCUAAUCAUCUCUGGCGAUCAGCAAGCGCUUCCUCCUUCUCCCCUACUAUUCGGAAGGAGAUACUGACUUCACUAGAUUGGAAGUCUGUCGUUACUCGAGCCCCGGCAAAACUGGAUCCAAAUUUUAUGAAAGAGCCACGAAUGAUUCAAGGAGCUCCUCGAAUCUCUUCCACUAUUAAUAAUGCAAGACGAAAGCCCGUUCCUGGCGGUAAUUAA